AUGGCGACGCGCAAACGCGGCCGCGCGGUGGUCCUCGUCGCGAUCAUCGCGCUCGUAUGCACCGCCUCAACCUCUGUCCGCGCCGAGGAAGACGAGUUCGGCGCAGAUUACGAUGACGGCCCGUCGUCAUCAGCCCCGCCCCCGUCGUCGUCGGGCGCGACGGAGAUGACCGGCGACGAGCUCGCCGGCAGCAUUCACAGCGGGGCCGACGUCGUGCCGCACCUCGUCAAGUUUUACGCGCCGUGGUGCUCGAAGUGCCGGCAGAUGUCCGGUGACUUCGACGCGGCCGCGGACCGUUUGACCCGCGGCGUCAACGCGGGCACCAACAAGUUCGUCGUCGCGUCCGUCGCCGAGGCGUCCACCGGCGCGCGCAAGCUGUUCGAGGACCUCGAGAUCAAGGCGUACCCGCACGUCGCGAUGUUCUACAAGGGGAAGGUGUUCACGCACGCGGGAAAGGACAGGACGUCCAGGGCGUUCGUGGCGUUUGCGGAGGCGGAAUUCGCAAAGUACCCGUCGAGGGAGUUUGUCACCUCGCUGGACGCGUACGACGGCGAGCACGUCACCAUCGGACUCGCGCCCAAGCCGUGGCACAGGGAACACGUGGACCGAGCCCUGAUGUUCAUCAUGUACAUGCGAGACGACCUGAGGGGGGCGAUGUUCGAUCACAGCGCCGCGUGCGUCGCGCUGUUCUUCACCGGCCUCAUCGUGGGCACCGUCGCGCUGACGCUGACGGACCUGGUCGCCGAGCGAUUGGGGGUGCCGCGCCGCGGGGAGACGUGGGACGACUUCAAGCGGCGGACGGACUGGGAGGCGCACAGGGAGGCGGAAAAGAGAAAGGCUGCGAAGAAGGAGGCAAAGGCGGAGUGACCCGGGAUUUUUUGGCGGCGUCGACGGCGAGUCGAGAGUACCUUCUUAAGUACCUUAAGAUGACGCUGUUGAUACACUAU